AGGAAAUAGAUUAGAGAAUAUCCAACAUUUGUGUCCAAUACAGCUUCAUUCACUUCAUCCAUCCAUGUUUCUGAAGUGAUUCUGAUAACAAAAGAUUGAAACUUUGAAGUGAUUCUGAUAACAAAACAUUGAAAAUGUCGAAAAAAGGAGCAGGAGGAGGUUCACCUUCGUUGCAAAACGAUGUUCCAUGGAGAGCUUUAUCUUCUUCUAUGAAACCAGUGCCCAAAAUUCACCAAUCUCCUGUUCUUCGCAUUUCCCAGAACCCCUUUUCCGAUUAUGCCAUCUCCGUCAUGAGGCAUCCAGACCCUAUUGGAGGUGGGUUUGGUGAGGGUGCUAUAGUUGAAGCAGCUGGUCCUGAUUGCAUAGUACCUGGUCAGGCUAUGCCCAUCAAACUGCUUGGCCUCAAGGUAUGGCCGAUAAACGUUGACCUGAAAUUUUUGGAACCAGUUGGGCGAGAACUUAAGCAGCUUGGGAAGUUCAUGGACGAUGCAGUUGAGCUUAUGAACAAAUCAUUCAUAGAGCGCUGAUGGUAUGGCAUUUCUUGAAAGGUGAAGCCGAGGCUCAUUUUGUAUUUAGUCUUGCUUUCAUUUUCCCAAUAGUCGAGUGCAAGCUGAGGUAGUUUUGUUGCGUACUCAUCCCCCCGUUCCCCACCAAAACGAAUAAUAUCUAUUUUUGAAAAUCCAAUGUUUAGCUUCUUCGUCCCAUGUAAUGCAAUAGAUUGAAUUAAUAAAAGAAAAACUUUAAAAAUA